AUGUCGUCCUCGAAUGGCGCUUCCAGCGCCGAACCAGCACCACAUAGUCCAGAUGUUGUGAACCUCCGAAUUACAUAUCUACUCGGAGGAAACCCUCGGCCUCCGCACAAUGUUGGGGCAGUGCCAGCCGAUACCACAAUUGGCGCACUCAGACUUCGCCUACAAACCGAACUGCUCGAGACACCUACACCUCAGGAACAGCGGCUGAUUUACCAGGGCCGACCUCUUCUGCAAGACAACCAGACACUGAGGGAGGCAUUGAGGAUAGAUGGUCCGGCGGGACUUCUGCCGUACACUUUACAAAUCAUCAUACAGACUAGGCCGGCCGCCUCACACUACCGGCCACCUCAGAUGGCUUCUGCACCAGCAACAGACGGCAUGCACGCUGGACAACCACAUCCCCCGGGCACAAUGCUCACUGACCGGACCGCUGAGGAUGACAUGAGAGAGGUUGAUGACUAUCGACGCCGCUUCGACCAAUUCAUUCAACAGGGACAGCAGAUGGCGCUUCAGCAUCAUCAUCUACAGCUACAUCAGCAGCAACAUCAGCAUCAGCAUACUGGGGCCAUGCUACAUCAGCAAACCGAGGCUAUGCUACAACAGCAUCGACGCGCUGUUGAGCUCGCCCGAGCCCAGCAUCAACGUCAAGUUGCUAGAAUUGCGCAAGCCACCCAGCAGCUUGAAACACCUGACGGGCCUCAGGAGAACCCAGCCGUCGCCACUACCAACGGCCAACCAGCUAGCCAAUCUGUUGGCCUACCCCAGCCGCCAUUGAUCGAUGCCCCUGGGAUCAGUCCAUCUUUCACGCAACCACAAGCCUCAGCUCAGCGUCCACAGCGGCUGGACACUCAAGCGCCAGUCCAGAUGCCACGACCUUUGUCGACGCCUCCGCUACCACGGCCCGGUCACUUUCAUACUCAACUUCCGACUCUUGCAAAUCCCAACUUCCCACUACCGAGACCAGGCCACUUCCCUCCCCAGGUUCCGAGGUCUGUAUUUCCUCUAUUUGAGCCCUCGCGACCCGCGGCCCCACAGACUCAGGACCGCGUCUGGCUUCUGUCCUCGCCACAAGGACCUCGUGCUCUCCUGUUCUCACCUAACCACGGCUACUUCACCAGUACUCCGCCAAUCCGGAGAAGUCUCGUUCAGGACGCGAUUCGUACCCGAAUUGCCGGUAGGACAACCGUAAGGACAACCGCAGCCAAUCCACCAGCGGCGGCAGCAGCGGGAGCAGUGGCCAAUCCUUUACCCGGGCAAGUAGCUUUACGACAACCUGCUCAACCGGCGGCUGGCGCGGCAGCUCAGAAUCCCAAUGAUGGCUUCCUGGCUUUGGUCAACAACCGAGCCUGGCUGUUUCUUAGGUUGUACAUGUUCGCCUGGGUUUUGUCAGAGCCAGGAACUUGGCGUCGAUGGUCUUUGCUGGGCCUCGCGGUCCUCAUCUCUCUACUACCGACUGACAACCCAAUCAACACUGUUCUCCGCGUGGCGCGUAGGCACUUCGAUGCCUUGGUUGGUCCGCCUCAGCCUCAGCCUCGACCUAUUGCUACUGCUCAACUACCGAACGGAACCGCUCCGAACGCGACUGGCCAGCCACCUCAAGGUACAGUCAACAUAACACCGGAAGAAGCAGCAGCACGAAUCAUUCGCGAACGCAACGCAGCCCAGCGCCAGCGUCAAGCCAAUCCCAACGUCAUGCGGGAUCUUCUGUACAGGAUCGAGCAAGCCCUUGCAUUAUUCCUGGCAAGUCUGGUACCAGGCGUUGGUGAGCGGCACGUUGCAGCGCGCGAAGAGCAGAGACGGCUUGAGAUGCAGGCAGAGAUGGAGCGGAUCAAUGCCGCACGGGCUAGGGAGGCUGCAGCGGAGGCUGCGUUGGAUACAUCGACUCAGCCCAGUCAGGGUGCUGGAAAUGCUGAAUCUACUCCUGCGAGUGAGUGUACUACGGAGACGACACCGACUGAAGGAGCAAGUUCGGCAGCAGCAGAAGCAGUGCCAGCGCCGGAAGCCACUAAGAGUGAACCCGCCGCUCAGUUGCCAUUGCCGUCAUGGGGAAGCGUCGAGCAGACGACGUCCACAGCGUCCACGUCGACUGGCGUAGACACACUCGCGAACGGCUACAACGCGACGGAUGAGUCUCAACCACAACCUCGGGCCAGACAUGCCACCGUUGACGACGAUGUCCCGGAGUAG